AUGCCCAUUGCCGUACAUGCUACUUUACUGGUCUACGUCGUUGUGACGUCGGAGACUGUUAACUCGCUGUCGACUAGCGUCGGUUUGACGACGCCAAGCGAUACUUCUGACAUAGCAGAUGUCGGAAAGAAGAACUUACAGAAACUCGCAGAGACCGCAAAGAACAAACUAACAUCCAAUAACCAGUACACCACUAACAUGCGCUACAUUGAAUACAAGGUUGAUCAAGUGGAGUCGAAUCUAUUCGAAAGUACGACAUUCAGAAAGUGGGUCUAUGGUGUAACCUUAGCCUACAAGAACAACGAUGAAGCCGCCUACACAGCGAUGUUUACGACGCUGGUGGCACACUAUGGCGGUGAACCCUUCGUACGCAUGCUGGCUGAUGCAAAGUUGUGGAUAGGAACAGAACGGAGAGCUACUAGGCUGGAAAAUGUACAGCUGGAAAGUGGAAAGCUGAUGGAAAGCUCUGGACGACGUGUACAAGCUUCUAAAACUUGA